CUUUGCAUUUUCUUCAGGAUCAUCCAUGAGGAUGGCUUCUCUGGAGAAGACGUGAAGCAGUACAAGCCAGUGGUCUACAGCAACACUAUACAGUCACUGGCAGCAAUUGUACGUGCCAUGGAUACCUUGGGCAUUGAAUAUGGUGAUAAGGAGCGACGGGCUGAUGCCAAGAUGGUCUGUGAUGUUGUAAGUCGGAUGGAGGACACAGAGCCCUUCUCUCCAGAGCUGCUGUCAGCUAUGAUGAGACUCUGGGCAGACUCUGGGAUCCAAGAAUGCUUCAACCGAUCCCGAGAAUAUCAACUUAAUGACUCAGCCCAGUAUUACCUAGACAGCUUAGAUCGAAUCGGAGCUGCAGACUAUCAGCCCACAGAGCAGGAUAUACUCCGAACCAGGGUCAAAACAACUGGCAUUGUAGAAACCCACUUCACAUUUAAAAACCUCCAUUUCAGGCUCUUUGAUGUUGGGGGCCAGCGGUCAGAACGCAAGAAGUGGAUUCACUGCUUUGAGGACGUCACAGCGAUCAUUUUCUGUGUCGCGCUGAGUGGCUAUGACCAGGUGCUCCAUGAAGAUGAAACCACGAACCGCAUGCAUGAAUCUCUCAUGCUCUUCGACUCCAUCUGUAACAACAAAUUCUUCAUUGAUACCUCCAUCAUUCUCUUCCUCAACAAGAAAGACCUAUUUUCUGAGAAGAUCAAGAAAUCACCUCUGACCAUCUGCUUCCCCGAAUACACAGGUCCCAACACCUACGAGGAUGCGGCUGCCUACAUCCAAGCACAAUUUGAAAGCAAAAACCGCUCCCCCAACAAGGAGAUUUACUGCCAUAUGACGUGUGCCACAGACACAAACAACAUCCAGGUGGUAUUUGAUGCUGUCACUGACAUCAUCAUUGCUAACAACCUGCGGGGCUGUGGCUUGUACUGACACCCCCCCCCCCCUUCCCCAGUGCAAAGCGACUUCUAGGGUGGCGGCAGCCCCGGUGCCAGGAGAGAAAAGAAAAUAAAGAUUAAUAAUAAUAACAAUAACAAAAAACCCAAUGCAACCACACACACACACAUGCAUGUGCGGGAAAAAAAUAAGUGAAACAAAAUGAAAACAACACAGAUUGAAUGAGAGAAAACCAAAUUGUGAUUGUGCGAGUUGGUAAAUAAAAAGGCAUAAGGAAAAAUUAUAUAUAUACACAUAUACAGAGAUAUAAAAUACACACCCACCUUUUUAGUUGGUCUAAGAGCCCCUCGCUGCAUCCUGGGGGGAAGCCCUGGGGAUGGAGGGGGCUCUGCCCAGCCCAACUCCCAGAGCUGUAGGGCAGAGGGACAGUGCUGGGAUCACCCCCAUGGCAAAAGCAGGGGGCUGUGCCAGUGCUCGUGUGCAGAGGGGGAUGCUUCUUCUCCCAGCACCUAUUUGACCAUGGGGGUUUAUUUUUUUGUUACUAUUAUAAUUAAUCAUUGUGGGUUAGCUUUCUUAUUUCAUUAUUAUGAUUAAUUAUUUCUCUUCCCAGCGCAGGGCUGCUCCCACCUGCCCCCAAGCCCCACUGGCACCCCCAGCCUCCAGAACCUAAUAUAUACGUUUUUGUCUUUAAAAAUGAGGGGAAAAACCUGAAAACUCCCCCCUGGCCAAAUGUCAAAGGGAAACAACAGCAGCAAUAAGGCCUGUUUCCAAUCUUGCCAUCCCAGCUCCCUUCCUGGGGUUUAGGGUUUUUUAGCAUAGAUUUUUUGGACUCCCCACCCCACUUUAGGGCAAAGCCCUCACUAGCCAGGGGCUGGUGGGUUUUUCCUCUCAUUUUCCCUCCCUCCUGGUUUAACAAUUCCCCACUGGUUCUGAAGGUUGGUACUCGAAAGCACAGCUCAGCCAGAUCAGCCCCAGCAAGGCAUUGGGGUGGGUCACAUGGACAUCAAGUUUAUUUUAGCUUUUAUUUUGUUGGGAUUUUUUUUUCAUUUAGGGUCUAGAUACAAUUUUUUUUGUUGUUUUUUAUUAAUUUCUUACUCUUCCAGUGGAUGCUCUUUUGUGCUGCCUUUUUCUCCCCCCCAUCACCCCCAUCCUCUCCCUUUUAGUGGAUGGUGUUUUUUCUCUCUCAUGUGGGGAUGUUUGUGAUCCAAAAAAAAGUAAAAAAAAAACCCAUAAAGUAAAAAAAAAAUAAAUCUUAAUAAGCAAACUUAAAAAAAAGGAAGAAUGAAAAUUAUUUAAAACUUUUAAAAAACACACACAAAACCACAAAAAAAUCAUUGAAAAACCCCAAGAAACCCCAGAAAACAAAUGUAGUGUUUACAUUGAAGCCACCGUUUUCAUGACCAACCCUUUGUCAUUUCUACUUUGAUUAGUAACCAGAUGUCUUCACAGCUCUACUUUUAUGACUUACCUUUGCUGAAGGAGAACAACCUCAGCUGUUCAGAAGAAAAUUAAUCCAUAAAGAGGAAACUAAAAAUAAAAGAAUAUGAUAGAUAUAUAAAGUGCUAGGUCUUUCUAAGCCUUUCAUAUUACCAAUCAGUGAGGUUUCUGUGAUAUGUUACACACUGCCGAUCUCUUUCUCUGACUAAUGGAAAAUUUCAUGUGUAGCUCAAUAAAGAAAAUGUUUGUCUGUA